UGUUUGGCACCAGUCAUGGCCGGGAAUUCAGAGAAAGUACCGAUCGCUUCAGCGGGACCGGAGGACCUGCAGCAGUUCAUGCCACCGGCCUACUCUGCCGUGGCCGUAAAGCCCGCAGCCACCGGCCGGCUGCUGAAGGCCGGGAUCGCGGUGCUCAUUGCGGGGGCCGUGCUGCUCCUGCUGGGGGCCAUCGGAGCUUUUUACUUCUGGAAUAACAACGAAAAGCAUGUAUACAAUGUCCACUACAGCAUGAGCAUCAAUGGCAAAGUGGAGGAGGGCUCCAUGGAGAUUGACACAGCCAACAACGUGGAGAGGUUCCGCACCGGCAGCGGGGCGGACGAGGCCGUGGAGGUCCACGAUUUCCAGAUUGGGAUCACAGGGAUCCGGUUUUCAGGAGGAGAGAAGUGCUACAUUAAGACCCAGGUGAAGGCUCGCCUGCCUGACGUGGAGGCUCUCAACAAGGACUCUCUGACGCUGGACCUGGAGGACGAAGUGAUGCCUGCCAAAUUCGAGGAGGACUCUCUGAUCUGGGUGGCGGCAGACACGCCCCUCUCUGACUCCGCCUUCCUCAGCAACAAGAUCAAGGACCUGUGUGGAGAUCUGCCAAUCUUCUGGCUCCGUCCCACCUACCCCACCGGCGGACAGAGGAAGAGGAGGGCCGUCCCCCGCCAGCGCCGCCAGGCACCCGCGGCCGAGGAGGAAGAGGACGUAGAGGCAGAAUUCAACCCAGAGAACCCCUAUCAGAGAGGUCUUGAAGGCGAGGAGGGCACCAUGACCUUUGACCCCAUGCUGGACCACCAGGGCGUGUGCUGCACCGAGUGCCGCCGCAGCUACACCCAGUGCCAGAGGAUCUGCGAGCCGCUGGGAGGGUACCACCCGUGGCCCUACCACUACCGCGGCUGCAGGGUGGUGUGCAGAGCCAUCAUGCCCUGCCGCUGGUGGGUGGCACGCAUCCUGGGCAUCGUGUAAACACCCGAGCCCACCUCGGGAACGGCUCGCGAGGAGGAGGCGAUGAAAGGGAAAUGUUAACGAAGGGGGAGACGAAGGGGGAGGCUUCCUAGUCCCAUCUAGGUACCUGUUGGGUCCGAAUGUAGUAAAGGAAAACGGUACGACUUUAAAGAGGCAGCACGAGAAAUGAUCAAAAGGAGCAGGAUCAGUAGCCGUGUUCAGCAUUGCGCAUUAUAAAUGUGUAGCACAGAAUCUAAGCCGCACGAUAUCACAUGUAAAGGUAUACUAUACUUAACGCCCUGCACACUGUAUAGCUAGUCUUAUUAUUAAGAAGAAAACAUGCCGACCAACUGAAGUAUAGAAAAAUGUCCUGUACCAUGAUGCUGAAAUUACAUAAAAGCCAAUCAAGUACAUGACUGGAAUACAAACUUGCAUCACAGCAGCCCCCUCUCUCUCUUUAUGACAAGCAGUUUUUCCAUUAACUUGUAUUUAUAAGGCUGAUAAUCUGUCCUUUUUCUUUUCUGUCAUUCUUUGCUUUUCGAUGUAAAUAAAUGUAUAUGGUGCAAAGUAUUCCCCGAAGGCAGGGUAAGCAGCAAGUUAGCCGGCUUGGAUAGCGCCUGGUUUAUGUGUGUGUGUACGUGUGUGUGUGUUUUUCCACUUUUCAUCGAGCUAGUGAGAAAUAUUUCUGGCUUCUGUUUUACUUUACCCCUGUCCCUCCCCUGUUUUCUUCCCAGGUAGUGCACACAUUUAAGAGAAGGAAAAAAAAAAGAAAAAAAGAAAAAAAGUACUGUUUGCUUUGUCCUGGAAGCUCCUUUCAACGACGAGUAUUUUUCAUCUGCAUUAAAGAGGCGAUUUCAAAGUGCAAUGUCACCCAAUAAACCUUUUUUUUUUAAGUAAA